AUGGCUCCCGUGUCAAAUCCAGAAAAAGAAAUUGAUACGUCAGAACAUGAUGGGGAUGACGCGUGUGGCAUCGCUGUAUCACGCUCCAGGCGAGAGAGAAAGGACAAAACCGGACGAAAAUCGGCCUUGGAGCAGCUUAAGAGAGCCAAAAGGGGAGAGAAACUUAAGUAUGAGGUGGAUGAAGUGACCAGUGUGUAUGAGGAAGUGGAUGAAGAGCAGUACUCUCGCAUCGUCCGUGAGAGGCAGGACGACGACUGGAUCAUUGACGAUGAUGGGACAGGUUACGUGGAGGAUGGAAGGGAGAUCUUUGAUGAAGACCUUCAAGAUGAUGCUUUGGGCAAAGGCUCUAAAAGUAAGCAGGCAUUAACGGGAGGAGAUUCGAAAGACAAGAAGAACGUGAAGAAAGUGGCAGUUUCAAAGCCCAACAGCAUCAAGAACAUGUUCAUGAACAGCAAUGUUAAGAAACCUGUUGAGAAAGAUGUGGAUCUCUCCAAAGAUGACCUCCUGGGGGACAUUCUGCAGGAUCUGCACUCCGAUAAACUAGUGGUACCCAUGCCUCCUCCGGUCGUCACACUGAAGAAGAAGAAGGCCCCGGGAUCCCCCCUGAACCCCUUCUCCAUCAAACCUCCAGUGGUAAAAGAUUCACCUCCAACGCCAACAACCAAGUUGAAGUCAGUGAAUUCGGCAACGCGACCACCCCCAGAGAACUCCUCACCCAGGCUAGCAGCCCCUUCUCCACCCUCGAAAGCUGCUCCGACCGUGCAGAGCAAGAGAGUGAAGGUGGAGGAGCCAGAGGAAGUUGAUGAGGAGGUACAGUUUGAUGACAUGGACUUUGAUGAGCCCAUGGAGUUGGGAGCUGAAGAGCAGGACGUACCUGUGAAAGUGGAGGAGGAACCAAAGCCAAAGGCCACCGUUAAAAUAGAACCAAAGACAGAACCUCAGGACGAGCUGCUCAUAUCGGGUAUGGCUGGAGGCUCAUGCUGGGAGAAGAUGGAGGAGGGCGGUGAGGCCAGCGACGUUCCUGCGGAGGUGCAGGUGGACACCAGCCGUCUUCCACUGGUGGAGGGGCCAGAUGGAGAAAUGGUCUUCCGUUUCUAUUGGCUGGAUGCCUUUGAGGAUCAGUAUAGCCAGCCUGGUGUUGUUUAUCUGUUUGGAAAGGUGUGGAUUGAGUCUGCCAAGGCCUAUGUGAGCUGUUGUGUGGCUGUAAAAAACAUUGAAAGGACCAUGUAUUUUCUACCCCGUGAGCAUAGAGUGAACCUCGCCACUGGUGAAGAGACAGACGUCCCGGUAGGAAUGAUGGAUGUGUAUCAGGAAUUCAACAGCCUCUCUGAAAAAUUCAAAAUCAUGAAGUUUAAGUCCAAGAAAGUAGAGAAGAACUACGCCUUUGAGAUCCCAGACGUGCCUUCGCAGUGCGAGUACCUUGAAGUGAGAUACUCUGCUGAAUUGCCCCAGCUGUCCUCUGACCUCAAGGGCGCUACAUUCUCCCAUGUCUUUGGCACAAACACCUCCAGUCUAGAGCACUUUCUCCUACAGAGGAAGAUUCGCGGACCAUGCUGGCUUGACAUUAAGUCUCCCCAGCUAAGCAGUCAGCCAAUGAGUUGGAGUAAGGUUGAGGCCAUUGCCGUGAAGAGUGAACUGAUCACUGUGGUUAAAGACCUGUCCCCUCCUCCGCUGGUCGUCAUGUCCAUCAGCCUGAAAACCGUACAGAACCCAAAGACUCAUCAGAAUGAGAUUGUGUCUCUAGCUGCUCUCAUCCAUCACAAGUUCCCACUGGACAAAGCACCACCUCGGCCUCCUUAUCAGACCCAUUUCUGUGUGGUGAGUAAACCCAGCGAUUGCAUCUUCCCCUACGACUUUAAGGAAGCGGUGAGAAAGAAGAAUGGGAUAGUGGAGAUUGCAGCCACAGAACGUACACUUUUGGGGUUUUUCCUGGCUAAAAUGCACAAGAUCGAUCCAGACGUUUUGGUGGGUCACGACAUCUUUGGCUUUGACCUGGAAGUACUUCUGCAGAGGAUCAACGUAUGCAAAGUGCCUCAUUGGUCCAAGAUCGGCCGUCUCCGGCGGGCCAACAUGCCUAAACUGGGGGGCCGUAGUGGCUUCGCUGAAAAGAGCGCUACUUGCGGCAGGCUGGUGUGUGAUGUGGAGAUCUCGGCCAAAGAGCUGAUCCGCUGUAAGAGUUAUCACCUGACUGAGCUGGUAGCUCAGGUGCUGAAGGUUGAGAGAACUGUGGUGCCCUCAGAAAACAUCAGGAACUUUUACAGUGACUCUCCUCACCUGCUCUACCUGUUGGAGCUCACCUGGAUGGACGCUAAACUCAUUCUGCAGAUCAUGUGUGAGCUCAAUGUGUUACCACUGGCCCUACAGAUCACCACCAUCGCUGGAAACAUCAUGUCACGCACCCUGAUGGGCGGACGCUCUGAGAGGAACGAGUAUCUGCUGCUCCACGCCUUCCAUGAAAAGAACUACAUCGUUCCAGACAAACACUUUUUCAAGAAACCUCAACACGACCCGGUUGAUGAUGAGGAUGUGGAUGCUGGGAAAGGCAAAUCUGGUAAAGUGAAGAAGAAGGCAGCGUACGCGGGAGGCCUGGUGUUGGAUCCCAAAGUCGGUUUCUACGACAGGUUCAUCCUGCUUCUGGACUUCAACAGUCUGUACCCCUCCAUCAUUCAGGAGUUCAACAUAUGCUUCACCACUGUUCAGAGAGAGGCCUCUGGUUCACGCAAGAAGACCGAGGACGAUCCUGAUGAGGUUCCAGAACUUCCGGACCCAGACCUGGAGAUGGGUAUUCUUCCCAAAGAGAUCCGUAAACUGGUGGAGCGCCGUAGACAAGUCAAACAGCUGAUGAAGCAGCCUGACCUUAAUCCUGACCUCUACCUGCAGUAUGACAUCAGACAGAAGGCCCUUAAACUGACAGCUAACAGCAUGUAUGGAUGUCUGGGAUUCUCCUACAGUCGAUUCUACGCCAAGCCGCUGGCCGCACUGGUCACCCAUAAGGGCAGAGAGAUCCUUAUGCACACCAAGGACAUGGUUCAAAAGAUGAACCUGGAGGUAAUAUACGGAGACACAGACUCAAUUAUGAUUAAUACCAACAGUUCGAACCUGGAUGAGGUCUUCAAACUUGGGAACAAGGUGAAGAGUGAGGUGAACAAGCUGUAUAAGCUGUUGGAGAUUGACAUUGACGGAGUCUUUAAGUCUCUGCUUCUGCUGAAGAAGAAGAAAUAUGCCGCUUUAACGGUGGAGACCCAGCCCGACGGUCACUACACUGUCAAACAGGAACUCAAAGGCCUGGACAUCGUGCGCAGGGACUGGUGCGACCUCGCCAAGGAGUGCGGCAACUACGUGAUUGGGCAGAUUCUUUCGGACCAGAGUCGAGACACUAUCGUGGAGAACAUCCAGAGACAUCUGAUGGAAGUCGGGGAGAAGGUGAUCAACGGAAGCGUUCCGCUCAGCAUGUUCGAGAUCCACAGGGCUCUGACGAAGGACCCCCAGGAUUACCCUGACAAGAAGAGUCUUCCUCAUGUACAUGUUGCUCUGUGGAUCAAUUCCCAGGGCGGGAAAAAAGUCAAAGCUGGAGACACCGUGUCCUACAUCAUCUGUCAGGAUGGCUCCAAUCUCGCGGCCAGUCAGAGGGCCUACGCCCUGGAGCAGCUGCAGAAGCAGACGGGUUUGAGCGUGGACACACAGUACUACCUGUCCCAGCAGGUCCACCCCGUAGUGGCCAGGAUCUGCGAACCGAUCGAGGGCAUUGACUCCGUGCUGAUAGCCACAUGGCUGGGCCUGGACCCGGGCCAGUUCCGCUCAGUGCAGCAGCACCAGAGAGAGGAAGAGGGAGAUGGGUUUCUGGGUGCGCCAGCCCAGCUGACUGAUGAAGAGCGUUACCGCGACUGCGAACGUUUCACGUUCGCCUGCCCCGAGUGUGGCACAGACAACAUCUAUGACAGCGUGUUUGAGGGAGCAGGACAGACGCUGGAGCCCAGUUUGACGAGAUGCUGUCACAUUUCCUGCAGAGCGAGUCCACUGAACUACAGAGUCCAAAUCAGCAACAAGCUUCUACUGGACAUUCGACGACACCUCAGAAAAUACUACAGCGGUUGGCUGGUCUGUGAGGAUCAGGUGUGUCAGAACCGGACCCGUCGGGUCCCCAUCGUCUUUUCCCGUGCCGGUCCCAUCUGUCCGGGCUGCUCCAAAUCAACCCUUCGACCUGAGUACUCAGAGAAAGCCCUCUACAACCAGCUGUGCUUCUAUAGGUUCAUCUUUGACUGGGAGUACGCCCUCAACAAGGUCCUGACAGCCGAAGAGAGGGUGAAGUUUCGGAGUAAGAACUUCCAAGGUGAGAAGGAGGUGUACAAGAAGCUGAAGGAGGUGGUGGACCAUGCCCUGGCUUCAAGCGGCUAUUCAGAGGUCAACCUAGCGAAGCUUUUCCAGGCCUUUACGGUGCUUAAAUAA